AUGUACAUAAAGUGUUUUUUAGUUUUAUUCAUAGUCGGAUACAUUGAAGCCGAUUACAGAUUAUCAUCGCAGUCAUGCGGCUACCCCAGGCUGCAGAAUGGGAAGGUGCGUGUACGCCAGAGGUCGCGCCUGGUCAAGUUUAUAUGCCAGCAGCAAUUCGAGCUGGUGGGCAACAAGUACGCAACUUGCAGGGGCAGCGAUUGGGACGUGCCACUGCCAGUUUGUGUUCGUUCUGGGUGCACCGUGCCGCAAAUCGAGAACGGUAUAACCAUGCCAACAAGAAACAAUGCGUGGGUGGUGUUCUUUUGCUUGCCCAAUCACAGGAUGAUCGGAGGAUCCACUAUUUAUUGCGAUGGACGCAAAUGGAACGGCACGGCCCCCACGUGCGUUGAUUCGAAGUCAUCGUCCCCGCUAAAGUGCGACUUCGAGGAGCCGAACCUUUGCGGCUGGGUGCAGGACGACCUUCACGACUUCGACUGGAAGCGGUUGAACAGGAAGACCCCGUCAUCUUUCCUGUUCACCGGGCCGUCAUUCGACCACACUUAUGGGCAGGGCGGUUCAGGCUACUACAUGUAUAUAGAGAGCACGUCCAGGCUUCAAAACGAUACUGCCCGCCUUAUAUCCCCGUUGUACGAUAGAUCGUUGGCCAAGAGCGGAUGCUUCGUGUUCUACUAUCAUAUGUUCGGAAAGACGACAGGGGGACUGCGAGUGUACCAGAAACCCGAGAUUUUCUCCCUGGACAGUUUGCUAAAGCUCAGCAACAAGGAGAAAUACAUAUUGUUCGAGAAAUGGGGGAACCAGGGGGACGUGUGGUACGAGGCCGUUUUGCCGCUCAACGACGUUUACGACAACUUUCAGAUCGUUAUAGAAGGUAUUCGGGGCUCGAGCUACACCAGUGAUAUCGCGAUAGACGACGUGGCUAUACUGCAAGGCAGCAACUGCACGGCAGCGCAGAAGUCGACGACUACCGCGAAAACCCCGACCUCGUGCGUGGGGCGGUGUCCAGAGUCGCUGUUCGACGAACCCGAGGUCGAGGGUGGAUGCGGCUGCACCAUUAACUGCAUCGCCCACGACAACUGCUGCCCCGACAUCUUUGAUGUCUGCAUGUUCCCUGGGACCGAAACUAGCGAUGACAGUGCGAACGGCUCAACGGAAAUAGCGCCGCAGACUAUGAGGCUGGUCGCGACUACACCGGAGACAACCUCGACGACCACCAGCAUGGCGACGACCACGACCAGCGCGACGACCACGACCACCACGACGACCACGACGGCUAAGCCCCCGACCACUAAGAGCACGCCUCGCACAACGACAACCAAGCCGACGACGAGGGCAACAACCACCGUUGCUACGGCAGUCAAGAAGAAAUACCCCCCUACCAGCACAAGCACUACCCUCCGCCCCAGAAAUAGCACCCUACCUCACCCAACCCAGCACACAACUGUACGCAAGUCCGUCAAUGGAACACAAAAACCAACGACACACACUUCGCCACCAUUAACCAAGACUACUCACCCAACAACCACUCCAACCACUCCGUUGACCACCAGCACGACCACUAAGGUCGCCAUAGACUACUCCAGACCAAUAGAGGACCACGACGCUUAUAAAGAUAUGGUGGAAAAGGCGGGCAAAUACGGCGACGAUGGUGAAAAUGAAACAGUUCCGGAAAAACAUAAAAAUGGUUCGAGUGGUGUGAAGAUCUGGCUGAUAGUCCUGGGGGUGAUGGUGUGCUGCGGUGGCUUGGCGUGGCUGGCCAUCGAGGCCGGCAGCUCCAGGGGCCGUUUGACCCUGGCGCGUUUCCGAGGCCAGGUCGCCAGGGACCCAGAAGUGCGAUACCUGUCCACGGACGUGGACGAAGAU